AUGGAAUUUUAUGAUCUAGAUAAGGACUAUAGUAUGCAUGAUAGUCGGAAGGAAGACAGCUAUACUUGGGAGUCUAGCGUGAGAUUAGCUCUGGUUGGUAGGGAAGAGGAACUCGGGAUGUAUUUGGAAGAGAGGGAAGGGAGGAAGCGGAAGUGGCAGGGGGAGGGGAAGAUGAUGCGGAGGGAUGACAGCGAGGAGAAGGAGCAGAGAAAGGUGCCUCCUAAGAAGGUUAUGGCGGCUCUAAGCGACAUGGGCGGCAGCGGCACCAGCUCGUCUUCUUCACACAUGUCUCCCGGCUGGCAGGUCAAUGACCUCGAUCUGGAUCUGCCCGGAGAGCUGUCUAUGAAUACCCUCCCUUACCGCAGCGAGGCGCUGCUGUCGCUGCCGUCUCUGGCAGUCUUCAAGCAGGAGGCGCCUUCUCCGACUGGCGCCGUGCUGUCUCCGCCACGACGUGUGUGGCCGCCGAGAAGACCUGAUGAUAGACAGAUCAGUGUGGAUUUUACCGAGUUACACCAGAGCCAGGCGGUUUCUGACAGAGAUUUCAAGAAUAUAUGGGAGAUCACGAGCAUGGUGGUGGACAGCAAUCGCGACGCCAUGGAAGAGGGCAGCUGUCAGCAGUCCCCCCCUCACAACGGGAACAUGAUCGUGCAACAUGGCAGCCCAGAGAGCAUGCAAUGCCAGCCUACCAUGCCACCAGGCACCAUUGUACCCAUCAACGGAUAUCACUCUCCAAAUGCACAGGAAAAUAAGAAUGCAGGAUUGCUGAUGUGUUCUCCCGUGGGGUCUUUAGACGGGUUCCUCCACUCGCCGAUACAGACGCGCUCUGAACCCAGCUUCAAGGAUGAUACCAGAUUCCAAUACGUCCUAGCAGCAGCGACAUCUAUAGCUACUAAACAGAACGAGGAGACGUUGACGUAUCUGAACCAGGGACAGCCGUAUGAGAUCAAACUCAAGAAAUUAGGAGACCUGUCGCAUUAUAAGGGGAAGAUAUUAAAGAGCGUGAUCAAGAUCUGUUUCCACGAGCGUCGCCUUCAAUACAUGGAGCGAGAGCAAAUUGCGCAGUGGCACAACGAGAGACCCGGAGAGAGGAUUGUAGAGGUGGACGUUCCUCUCUCAUACGGAGUGAUUCGCGUAGAGCAGCCGGCGUGUCUCAACGCUCUGCAUGUCUUCUGGGACCCCACCAAAGAUGUCGGCGUUUAUAUCAAGGUGAACUGCAUAUCAACGGAGUUCACAGCCAAGAAGCACGGCGGCGAAAAGGGCGUCCCCUUCCGCAUACAGGUGGAGACUUACCUCGCUAGCGACGAACAUAAUAGGCUGCAUGCUGCCGCCUGCCAGAUUAAGGUAUUCAAACUGAAAGGAGCGGACAGGAAACACAAGCAGGAUCGCGAGAAGGUCAUGCGCAGACCUCGCACUGAUUUGGAGAAGUAUCAGCCAGGGUGCGAAGCUACUGUUCUUACUACGCUGUCAAACGAUGCUCUGAUGCCGCCGCCAUCUUUGGUGACCACCUCCCCACCGUACUCGCCUGAAAUGUGUGUGGCCCCCAAGGCUGUAGCGAGCCCAAUAGUGGUCAACAAACCAGUUCUACCACACAAUGCAAUUCUUGCCGCCAAUAAUCAAAUGAAGCCGUCUUAUUGCCAAGAUAACGACGUGAAAGUGAACUCGCCUCCGUGCCACUCGCCCGGAGCCAUAUUGCCUGACCUACCGCAACCCGCCGAAGACCCGGAGAAGAGCUCCGGCCUAUCAAAGGAAGCCACCUCGUCUGAGACGCAGGCGUGGCUCGCGCGUCACCGCUUCGCGCAUCACGCCGCUACCUUCACCAACUUCUCCGGAGCUGAUCUGCUCAGGUUGUCCCGUGACGAUAUCAUACAAAUCUGCGGCCUGGCAGACGGUAUUCGCCUAUUCAACGCUCUGCAUGCCAAACGUAUAGAACCCCGACUGACAGUAUACGUCUGUGCUGCCGGUAGCAACAUCUACAGCGCACUAUAUCUUCACGCGUGUAGAGCCCAGGAGCUACUGCACAAGCUCAACUCGCUGCUGCAUGCUUCCAAGGAAUGCGAGUCGGUCCUAGUGUCUGGCCCCAACGGCGCUCGCGUCCGUCUGACGGACGAACUUGUCCGACACAUGCCGGACAACUCGACCUACCGACUGGAGCGGUUGGACGACUGCGGCGCGUUGCUGCUCUGUGCUACUAAUAAUAAUUAAAUUAUAUAUGUAUAAAGUGAUGAACUACUCGUCAAGAACAAUGUCAGGUUUCGGCCCACCCAAUCAACUUUUAAAACUAAAUUCUCACGGACACAAAGUUAUUUACUACAAC